AUGUCAGGCCUUUGUAGCUUUCUCUGGGUGUUUGUAUCGGUUGGGUGGGGAGCUCAUGUGCGCCGGGAGGGCUCGGCCCAAUGCAAGCCACUCUGCGAGCCUCAUUGCCCGCAAUCCUCACGAACUGGAAAGCCUUGCUUGCCUGUGGCUGCUUCUUGGCCUUACAAGACACAGAGGACAUGGUCUACGGACCUAGGUGAGCGGAUCGUACGAUCUGCCACCCCCUCGCCGAAAGCCAACGAGGAUGCCUGUGGGGGCUUCAAGCUCUUCGGGGACUCGGCGUGGUGUCUGGCUGCCUUUGCCGAUGCCCCACCUGGCCUUCAAGGCCUCUCCUUUGGCAUCGAGGAGAGGGACCUGUGGAGCGAAACCAUGAGCAAUUUCUUCCACAUGCCCACGAAGCUCUACGAUUGCUUUCAGGAUCCCAAGAAGUCACCACCACUCUCCAUGACUGCGCCGAAUGCUGCCGGCCCUUGUCGUGGGAAACAGUCCCAUUGCUACGAGACUCCGUAUCAAGCCUUCCGCACCUGCCUGGGGCCGGACAGCGGCGUGCUGGAGGGGCGGAACUACACCACCCUUGCUGAGUUGCUGCAAGGGCGGGCUCCUCUUUCAACGCACGUGAAGAUGGACGUGGAAGGCUCUGAGUGGUCGGUGCUGGAGGCUCUGCUUGAAAAUGCGCCCGACCUUGCGAAGAUUCGGAGCCUCGACAUGGAGGUCCACUUCGGCUUCGCUGCGGCUUCGGAGGCUCAACGGCGCCAGAAGAACCCGGAAGAGGCCUUGCGGCGAGAGGUUGACAUCUUCGAGAAGCUGGCCUCCAGAUUCCUCGCGGUGGGCAGCAACGUCGAGACCAACGCGCAAGGCUGGGAUCCAGUGUCGUCGUGCUCCAGGGCGCUUUGCGAGGAGCCUCUUGUGCACACCCGCGGCGGCUUUCCGGUGAAUCAGUUUGCCGUGAGCUUCGUGAAUCCCGCGCUAGUGCAAACCUGGCGGAAAGCAAAGCUGGCGCUGGAAGUGGGGGCCCACGGGGUUGAAGGCGCGAUGUGA